CCCUGCUGCCCACCCGCUCCCGGCACUGCGGCCGGCGGAACCCCCCUUGCUGGGGCUCCGGUAGGACAGGAUGUGCCGCCCCGAGUUUCGUUUCCGAUGGGGACCGGCCCUGACAGCAGCAGGAGCAGAAUGGAGCUGCGGGGGUACCAGCGGGAAGCGGUGACCCCGGCCCUGCGUGGCCACAACAGCAUCGUCUGGUUGCCCACGGGUGCUGGCAAGACCCGCGCUGCUGUCUACGUCUGCCGGCAGCACCUGGAGAGCCGGCGGGGUGGCAGGGUGGCUGUGCUGGUCAACAAGGUGCACUUGGUGGAGCAACAUGCCAAGAAGGAGUUCAACGUGCUGCAGAAGGACUUCAGGGUGACGGCCAUCAGUGGGGACAGAAGUGAAAAGUCCUUUUUCGCCUCCGUGGUGAAGCAGAGCGACAUCGUCAUCUGCACGGCCCAGAUCCUGCAGAACGCGCUGGUCAGCGGGGAGGAGGACACGCACGUGGAGCUGACGGAUUUCUCGCUCCUGGUGAUAGACGAGUGCCACCACACGCACAAGGAAGCCGUCUACAACAAAAUCAUGCUGAGUUAUCUCCAGCGCAAGCUCUGUGGGCAGCAGGACCUGCCGCAGGUCCUGGGCCUGACAGCGUCCCCUGGCACCGGGGGGGCAACCUCCUUCGAGGGGGCUGUAGAGCACAUCUUGCAGAUCUGUGCCAACCUGGACACCGAGAAGAUCACGUCGGCACAGGAGGAGGUGGAGCAGCUGCAGAUCCACGUCCCCCAGCCCAGGAAGCAGUACGACCUGUGCCAGGAGAGAGUGCAGGACCCCUUUGGCGAGCGGUUGAAGAAGGUAAUGGCGCAGAUCCAGCAGUACAUGGAGAUGCCCACCCUGCCACGGGAUUUCGGCACGCAGAUUUAUGAGCAGUGCAUCGUGGAGGUGGAGAAGAGAGCGGCAGAGACGUUUUGCCGCAAGACGCGGGUGUGCGCGCUGCACCUGCGCAAGUACAACGACGCUUUGCUGAUCAACGACACGGUGCGGAUGAUCGAUGCCUUCCAGUGCCUCCAGCAGUUCUAUGCCACCGAAAGGGACACAAAGGACCCCACUGAACAGUUCCUCGCCGCCACAUUUGAGGAGAACAGGACGAGCCUGCAGGCGUUUGCCAGGGACCAGCGCUAUGAGAAUCCCAGGCUGGGCAAGCUGGAGCAGAUCUUGCAGGAGCACUUCCAGCCCCAUGGUACUUCUCGUGGCAUCGUCUUCACCAAGACCCGGCAGAGCGCCCACAGCCUGCUCAGCUGGCUGCAGGACACGGCCGCGCUCCGCGGGGAGCACAUCAGGGCUGCCGUCCUCACCGGCGCCGGCUACAGCAACCAGACCAGGCACAUGACACAGAAUGAGCAGCAGGAUGUGAUCAAGCUGUUCCGAGAGGGAGCCCUCAACCUGCUCUUCUCCACCAGCGUGGCCGAGGAGGGCCUGGAUAUCCCUGAGUGCAACAUCGUGGUCCGCUAUGGGCUGAUGACCAAUGAGAUCGCCAUGGUGCAGGCCCGGGGCCGUGCCCGUGCCGAGAACAGCGUCUACUCGGUCCUCGCCAAAGCUAACAGCAGGGAGGUCUCCCGGGAGCUGCUCAAUGAGGACCUGGUGAAGCUGAUGGAGAGGGCGAUCCGCACGGUGCAAGCCAUGCCUGAGCGGGAAUACCGCCUCAAGAUCGCGGAGCUGCAGCGAGUGGCCGUGGCCAGCUGGCUGAUGAAGGAGGCCAGGAUCAGUGAGAGGCGGCAGCUGCACGACCCCAAUGCCGUUUACCUCUACUGUGUCAACUGCAACAUAGCGGUGUGCCGCGGCAGCGACCUCCGCACCGUGGAGGGCAUGCACCACGUUAAUGUCAACCCCAACUUUGGGCUGUAUUACAAAGUUUCCUCUGGGAAAAUGCAAUUCCAGCGGACUUUCAAGGACUGGGAGCCCGGCUGCCGCAUCUCAUGCAGUGGGUGCAGCCAGGACUGGGGAAUGGAGAUGAUCUACCGGCAGGUGAAAUUGCCCAUCCUCUGCGUCAAAAACUUUGUGGUGGAGACGCCAGCUGAGAAGAGGCGGUACAAGAAGUGGAGCGCUGUGACGUUCCCUGUCAAGGAGUUUGACUACGUGGAGUACUGCUCCAGCACCCACGGCCUGUCCUUCUAGCAUGGGUUCUGCUCAGAGGAGGACUAUUCCCAGGCCAUCUCCUUGGGAUAGUGGGACCCACCCUCCAGGCUCCUCUUUUCCUCGCUGGACUGAACCGCUGUAGCAUCCCCUGCUAGAGCCUGUGACUGCAGGAGGAGACUUUGCUGAGCCUGUGCAAAAACUUUGAGGCAUUGGGAUGGGAAAGUACCAAAACCCUUUCCUGCUUGGUGGCAUCUGCUCUCUGGGAUGCUGCCUUCCCCUCCUGCCCCCCAAAGCUGCCGGAUGAUGGAGACUGUAUCCAUGACCCUGCCAGAACCAGCCAUUUCACGUGGGCGCAGCAUUUCUCUGGCAGCCGGCAAUCCGCUUUGGGAAUGCAAUGGUCCUCUAUUAAAAAAUGUGUGUAUGCACUGGGACCGAA